AUGGCGGGAAACGGACAACAUAACCCCCCGUUCAACUGGUAUGACGAUGAGUAUUUGAGGAGCCUCUUUUUGGACGUGGCCUUUCCUCCGAUCAUGGGCGGAGGCGGGUCGCAGACAUAUGAGCCUGGAUCGACUCAAGUACAGCAUGACCCUAAUUCGAUUCAAGACAUCCAACCCGAUCAUCCCCAGUAUCCCGGGGGUCCUCUGGCCCAGGGUUUCCCGGCUGGAAAUACUCUGGGUUAUCCUAAUGCUCAGACGUCCCUGGGUGUUCCAGCGGCGUCCCCUUUGCCGCACGGAAACCCUCAGUUGAAUCCAGCCUUCCAGAAUGGUGCCUAUCCGGGGCAUUCAAUGUAUACUCGGCCGAACCAGACCACAGUUGGGCCUGUUCCGAUGCACGAAGGCCCUCUCUUGGACCAGGGCUUCCAGGAUGAAACUACUACUCAUCGACAACCCAAUAUUCACCCGGGCCCUAACUACCCCACUGGGACGCUUAAUUCCCCUCAGGCUCAAUACCCAGGUGUUCCGCCGCAAUUUACUACCUACCAGCCGAUAGGCGAUAGCCCCGGCCCCAACAACUUCAGGGCCUCGAUCCCUUUUGAAGCCCAAUCGAAUGACCAGGGUGGUUCCGAUAAUAGACCGUAUCGAGAGCAGUUCACUAAAAUCUAUAAGAUGCUUGGGGAUCUGUUGCACAGCAACGGCCCUUCUUUUGACCGCUCGCCUUGGAACCAACUGAGCAUAGAGCUUCAAACAGCGUUGCUCAUGGUCAAUGAGGUCAUCGACAACAGCCUCGGAUCUGACCAAAGUGCGAAUGUCGUUGACGGGCGAUUUCAAUGCCUUCUCUGCCGCCCAAACGAGAGAAGAGCUUUCAAGAACAAAGGCACAUUCAGAAGACACGUCAGGGAUCAACAUCACCCAGAUUGCCUCUAUCAUUGUGGCAUAUGCUACCCUUCGGAUAAAGCGAAGUUUAGAAGAAAGGAUAAACACCAUGAACACAUGAGGAACACACACUUUGGGCAAAAAUUAACCAGGGAACAGCUGGCGGCUCUCACUGAGCACCUUAAUCCACCCCUAGUCUGCGCACUUUGCCCCAGGGGUGUUGGGACGUGGGACGAGUUUUUCGAAUGCCUUUGCCGACAUUGUUCAAUAUCCAAGGGGAAUAGGAGCCAAGGUGACAGUCCAGAUAAUGACGACAGCGACGGGGAUGAUGACGACGAAGGCCACAGACGCCAUGGAGGUGCUCGCAAUGGUCACGGUAAUGGUCAAUCGCACUUUUAUCCAAAUGGCAACGGGAACUCUGGCAACAUGGGAAACGGUGGCCAGCCUCAUCAGUUCGACGGAUAUCCGUUUGAGAGCUCUGGCGCCGGUAACGGCGCUGGCUCUUUUCGAAACCGCGAUGCGGCGAACGGAAAGAUUAGACCUUCGGACCAGGCUAAUUCUCAAAAACCUGUCUUUGAAAACACUGCGACUAGAUCAAACAGGCCUGGAAUCUCACAGCCAAACCCGAUUCUCCCAGGUACAAUACACCAGAAAGAAUCAAAGUUCAAUGACCCCGGACUGUGGGUAGAUGGAUUCACUCAUAUUACUCGGACUUUCAACACAGAACUCGCUCUCCGCCCCAAUAGCCUCAGUUGGAAAGGCCAUGGAGAUUUGGGCAAGCAGAACGGGGAGGGGCAGCUUGUUUCUGACAAACAGUCAGCAUCAUCACCAGUCAAUAAAAAGAUUCAGCAAGAGUUUCAACGAUUAAGAUUCUUCGAGGGCGUGUUGUACGAAAACCAAAAACAGGGGACUUUUCUCUCCUACUUCCACGAAACACUCGUUAUCUUAGCCCCUGGUCGGCCUAUCGCGUGGUCGAUGCAAGAUAUAUCAUACCUGAGGGCUGAAUUGAGCUCAGAGAAGCCGCCCGAGAUUCCUGGCGAUCACUUAUUCUACCUAGCGAGAGGGAAAGAUCAUAGUACCUCUGAAGCGAACCUUGAAACGGCUAGGCGAGCAUCAAAAAGGCGAGCACAUUUGAAAGUUCGUAUUCGGGCAAUCGCUGGAGUCCUAGCUCUUCGUGCAGCAGUCUCCAAGACACCCGCCGCCACCGUCGAGAACAGUGAAGUUGGCAACGAAAUUGACGACGCAGCUGACAACGAAGUUGGCCAUGAAGCCAACGACGGCUGGGAACUCGGGAUUCCAUUUCCUCCACACGCGUCUCAGGAAGAGGAAAUAAAGAUUGUGACUUGGUUAAUCCAAAUGUUGGUGUUCCUUUUGGGAAUGCAGUCGAAACCAAAGGUUUCUUUGAUGUUGGCGGACGACUCGUUCGGGGUAUCCUGGUUGACUUGA